UUUACCCCAUAUGACCCAAACAAUGUAAUGUAAUAUGUAAUGUUGCAUGUAAUAUUACUAAUAAUUGUGUAUUUCUAAUGUUUAAAACAGCUCAAGUUGACCCCCAAAACCAGUGGUUCAGCAUGAACAGGUUAAUGAACAGUAGUAGUUAUUAAUCCGAAGGAUGUAAAUAUUUACCUUUACUAAAUAACUAAAACAGAACCUCUACAGGAUUCUGAAGGUUGUGAAAGCUUUUAGUCUGUGGAUUAUAAAACCACACUAGACCUUUUUGUACUUAAAACCUCUGUGUGAUGUUUAGACACAAAGUCCUGUGCUGCUUACUCACACAGAUUAAAUUCAGUAUAAGAAAAUGUUUUAAAAAGCAGACAUGGUGGUCCACACCACAGAUAACAGUACAGUACAGAAGUGUCAUCAGCACGGACUGUCCAGUAAUAAAAGUUCUCUCUGGAUGCAUUUCCAGUUCCAGACCCACUUCAUCCCCAACACCACAGAAAGUCUGACCUCAGGAGGCCUGAAGAUGAGGACUCCAGUGGACCAGUAUGUGGUGUCCAGACCACUCUACACAGAGGACUCGUUUACAGAAAAUCAUGAGAAAGUGGAGAGGAAACACAAGACCACACUGGACCACGUUAAGCAGUACUUCACUUGUGAUUCUAAGCGUGUGAAGAAUGCAGCAUUAUCUCUGGUGCCCAUUGUUGGAUGGAUGAAAAUGUACAGGGUUAAAGAAUGGCUGCUGGGUGAUAUAGUGUCUGGAGUCAGUACUGGACUGGUGGCUAUACUGCAAGGGUUGGCGUACAGUUUACUGGCGUCUCUCCCGGCCUGGUAUGGAUUAUAUGCUGCCUUUUUCCCAGUAAUCAUCUACUUUUUCCUGGGCACGUCUCGACACAUUUCUGUGGGAGCCUUUCCUGUUCUGAGUUUGAUGGUAGGGGCGGUGGUAACCAGAAUGGUUCCUGAUGGAGGGCCUACAGUCAACAUCACAGGUUUAGAGGGGCUGUCUAUUGAUGAUCAGAGAGCCAUGGUGUCUGCCUCACUGACCUUCCUCAUUGGCAUUUUCCAGCUGGGCAUGGGACUGCUGCAGGUCGGCUUCGUCGUUAUUUACCUGUCAGACACUCUAGUGUCCGGAUUCACCACGGCUGCUGCAGUUCACAUCCUGAUCUCUCAGCUGAAGUUUAUAUUCGGGCUGAGUGUACCAGGUUUCAGCGGACCACUCGCCAUUAUAUACAUCCUGGAGAGUAUCUUCACCCAGAUCACCUCCACAAACAUCCAUGAUCUGGUUACUGCUAUUGUGGUGAUGGUGGUGGUGUUCGCAGUGAAGGAGAUCAAUGAAAGAUUCAAGUCAAAGCUUCCGGUGCCCAUCCCCAUCGAGGUCAUCAUGACCAUCAUAGCAUGCGGUGUCUCCUAUGCUUUCAAUUUCAAAGACAAUCACGGAGUGGAUGUUGUAGGAUUAAUACCAGACAGUUUUGAGACGCCCGUGGCUCCUAAUAUUGAGGUCUUUAAAGAGACAGCAGUGGAUGCGUUCCCCAUGGCCAUAGUGGGAUUUGCUAUUUCUUUCGCUGUUGCUAAAGUCUACGCUGUCAAACAUGACUAUGUCAUCGAUGGAAACCAGGAGCUUAUUGCUUUUGGGGUGAGUAACAUCUUUGGUGGAGCUUUCAAAUCACUGGCAUCCAGCACAGCUCUAUCCAGAAGUGCAGUGCAGGAGAGCACUGGAGGCAAAACACAGAUUGCUGGCAUUCUCUCUGCCAUCAUUGUCCUCAUCGUGACCUUGGCUAUAGGAUUCCUGCUGGAGCCACUGCCAAAGUCUGUUCUGGGUGCAGUGGUCAUAGUGAAUCUGAAGGGGAUGCUGAUGCAGAUGCGUGAAGUCCCUUACCUGUGGAAGAAGGAUCGUUUGGACUGCAUUAUCUGGAUAGUAACCUUUCUGGCUUCCAUCUUUCUGGGGCUGGAUCUGGGGUUGGCUGUGGGGCUCGGAGUGGAGCUGCUUGCUGUGGUCUUCCGCACCCAGUUCCCACGGUGCUCUGUCCUGGCAAACAUAUCUGGCACAGACAUUUACAGAGAUCGUAAGGACUACAUUAAUAUAUAUGAACCAGAAGGGGUGAAGAUUUUCAGAAUUCCGGCACCAAUCUUCUUCGCAAAUAUUGAUUUCUUCAGAGGCAAACUGCUCGAUGCUGUGGGCUUCAACCCUCUGAGAAUUCUGAGGAAGAGAAAUAAGGCCCUGAGGAAGAUCAGGAAGCUGAUAAAGAAGGGGGAACUAUCGGUCACUAUUAAAGGGCUGCAGGUCACAGGAUCUUAUCCUAUUGAGGAGUCUGAAGAUGAGACCAACACUGAGGAGUUAGAUCAGCCAGUGGACUUCUCAGACCUUCCUGUUCAGGUGAACUGGAGAGCUGAGCUUCCUGCCAACAUCUCCGUUCCUCCAGUGGACAUCCACAGCCUUGUGCUGGACUUCUCUGCUGUCUCCUUCAUCGACAUCUCAGCUCUGAAGGGACUUAAAACUGCUUUAAAGGAGUUCAUCCGUAUUGAUGUUGAGAUCUACAUCGUGGCCUGUGACCCAUACAUCAUUGAGAAACUGAAAAGCUGCAGUUUCUUUGAUCAUGAGAUUAAGACAUCCAUCUUCUUCGUGACUCUCCACGAUGCAAUGCUGCACAUUCUCGAGCGACAUCCCCCUCUGAGUGUGAGCGAAAAGGUCUACAACAACUACCCUGACAAGAUGCCUAAUAGCAGUAGCAACUUGCGCAGCAGAGAAAAAAUAGGCAAGGAGCCAGAGACCAAGUUUUAACGGAUGUUGUAUCAAAGUCUUCCAAGUUUGCUGAAAACCAUUACAUGGUGUCUGAUGCUGGACCCUGUGAAGCUGCAGAAAAUAUUAAUUUAAUAACUUUUUGUUAAAUCAAUCAUUUGUACAUUUUUAAAUGUAUUGGGAUAAAUUGGUUCUUAGAGAGUGGCAUGUUUUACAGAUGAAGACAGUGAAGACACAGUCAAUCCAAUAGACAAUCUUUAGUCUCUAGACUGCUGAAAAACAAAUGUAGAUACAUACACUGCCAUUUUUGUAUAUGUAAAUAUAUGUAGUAUAGUAUUGGCAUUAAAUAUGUGUGCAUAUUGUUGCUAUUUAAAUAAAUGAAUUUCCAACACUUAAAAUAUAAAUCUUUUCCUGUUUGG